UCGAUAGCGUUGCUAAUCAGAAUGAACUUUUUUCUAUAAAACAUGUUUUUUUUUUAACGAAAUGUAUUAUUCCACUUGAUGGAACAGUAUCCAGAGUUAGCUUUGUUUUAGCUGUUUUAUCAUUAGACAUGACGUGUAUAAUUUAAAUGCGUUUAUUUUUAUCCCACGGCUUAUUUUUUGCCAACAUCCGCUGCUAAUGAACGGUUGGCGUUUUAUCUUCUUGUUUGGCUGAACGAACACGAGAUUUAAACGAAUAUAUGUAGGUAUAAGAGCCUUUUCGCUUUUUUGUGGUUAAGAGGUAUAUUUUCCUUUGAAAAUAUAAAAUGUAAAUCCUGCCUUUUCUCAGUGUCCUUCAGGAUGUGGAUCUGGACUGCCGUUUUCCUGCUGGGACUGAGCUCAGGAGAACGCACGGACAAGGAAAAAACGUACGAACGGAUGGAAAUCACAGCUGGAGAUUUUAAUGAGAAGCUGCAAUCUGGAAAGAUCCUAUUUAUUUAUUUUGAGCACCAAGUCUCUCCACCCGUCUCUCUGUUCCUAGUGGAGAUGGAAAAGUCAGCCGAAGUUCUUCAGGAUUACGGCGUUCUAGUCAGAAAAGUGAACUGUCGGACAGAGCUGGUUCCCACGUACUGCACGGAGGAACGGCUCCAGCGCACAGUGUUUCUGUUCCGAGGCGGAAAGGAGUUCCUAAGCUUUGAUUUGGACACCGUCUUUGACGUCAACUCCAUCGUGGCGGAAGUGCUCUUGUAAAUGAUGCUCUUCAGUUUCUGAGCCUUCGGGGAAAAUCGCCAUACUACGCGAGGAGGUGAAGUACGUCCACACGGACGCCGACCUCCUGGCCAUGGAGAGGACAGCCAGAGGGAAGAAGGACAUGGUCCUCAGCUACGUCCAAAGCCUGGGAACACAAGAGCACAGGUCGAUCAUGGAGACGGCGUACGUGUAUGGAUCCAAACAUCAGUUCAUCCUCAUCACUGGAGGUCCUGUACUGAAACAGUUGGGGGUGAAUGAGUCCUCGCUGUCGUCUCGGGUUUGGUUCCUGCACUGCCGGAUCCCCGGCGGGUUCCCCACCCCCACGGCUUCCGAGCGCUGCCCUGUGACCCGUAUGAGGAGGGCCCUGUCCACCCUGAACCUGCACUCCUUCCUGCAGCUGAUGGAGGCGCCUUUAGUGCUUGAAGUGGACGUCGACCCCUCCUCCGUCCCGCCGCCUCAGUUCCCCUACCAGCUGACCCCCCAGGUCUUCCUCUUUUCCCGGCCGGCGACGGAGCACCUGGACCGGGAUGCGGCGGGCGCUCUGGCCUGGAGGCUGCGCGGCGUCGCUCUCCUGCUGCUGGUGCACAGACAGAGUCCCGCGGUGAAAACCCCCGAGGAGUUCAACGUUGCGUACCGCCGGCCCGAGAAGAGUUCAGAGGUGAAGUAUUUGACCUUACACAGCCUCGAUGAGGUCUCCGAGAUCUUCCUAGAUCAAGACAAAGAGGAGGAGGAAGAGGAGGAGGAGGAAGAAGAGGAGGAUGAAUCACAAUUUGGAAAGCUGAAUGAUGAAGUUGCAGCGUCUGUCUUCGAAAACACAGGCAACCUGAUGGAUUUGGACUCCAUUACCCAGCUAACCUCUGAAAACUUCCACUCUGAAGUUGCACAAAGCAGCCUCACGGUGGUGCUGUUCUACCUCAAAUGUAAAACUGAUCUCAGGGAUGCUGUUUCCAUGGCAUUUCUCAGCUCCUUCAUUGGAGUUGCAGAGAAACUUGAAGAGUCCAAGGUGGACGAUGUUCUGAUGAGCGUGGUGGACUGUGGAGAGUGGACUGACCUCUGCGCCGCUCAGCCCGGCGCACUCGUGCCUUUCCAGCCAAUCACAGAGUUUCCCAGCGUUGUGCUGCUCCGCCCACAAGAGUCACCGCAGUACUAUGCAUCCAUGCUGGGCAGUGAAGCGCUACAUCGCUUUAUCAUACUGAGCCGCACUGCUGCUCCAGUGCGACUAUCUACUCAGGAGGAAGUGACGUCAUUCCUUCAGGAAGUACCUCACGGAUCCCAAGCAGGCGACAGACCCGACAGAGUCUUGGGGUUGUUCAGGUCACCGACAGAUGCAUCAGCGUUCCUCGAGGCAGCCAUGUCCCUCAGAGGGGAAGUGCUAAGCGGACUACUGAUGGAUGGAACGGCAGAAAAAUGGGCUGCAGCCCACGCCCUGCAUCUUCCGGCCGUGUUGGCCUUUCCCUCCUGGAGGACUCCUGCUCAUCCGUCGGCUCUGCCGGCGGCGUCCUCCUCUGCGGCGGAGCUGCUUUCGCAGGUUCGCUUGGCGAUGCUCCACCCCAUGCCUGAGCUAACGGUGGACAACCUGCCGUCCUUCCUGUCGCUGGGUAAAGCCUUGCUCCUGCUCUUCGUGGGAGAAGAGGAGGACGAGAUCGGGCAGAAGCAGAACCAGGAGCUGGUGGAGGAGAUGAGGAGAGCGGUGGAGCUGGGAGGAGCCAGGAUGGAGCGGUACCUGGCCUGCUGGAUUCACCUAGGCAGCACUCCAGCAGGGAUGUCCGUCCUGGGAUCUUACCUGGGGUACAUGCCCCCACUUCCUGCGCUGGUGCUCACGCAUUUACCAGACGGGGAGGAGGUUUAUCAGUACCCGGCCGACAGUGUUGUAGCAGCCCCCUCUGUUUUGCAGUGGCUGCAGAGGAUUGAGGACGGCGCCGAACCGCCUGCAGGGAUGCUGGGAGCGGACAGCUGGCCUCCUUCUGCCGAGUUUUACGAUCUCCUGAAAGUGAUGGAGGAGGCGCAGGAACCAGAGUCAAUGCAGCAGCCGACUCCAGCCGACGAGGAGGAGCUGGAAGAGGAAGAAGAAGAUUUGCACGUCGAGGAGCCUUUGGUGGCAGAAAAGGUGACGGAUGGGAGUCCUGAACCUAAUCCCAGCAUUCACUCUGAACUUUAGGGACGAGGAGAUGAGAGGUGAGCAAAGAUGGAACAUGAUCAGCUGCUAACAGGGUUCAGUAGGAAAUGACCACUGAUUGUUGUGUCAUGUAUUGUAUGUUCAUGGCGGUUUAGAAGGUUUUAAUGCACCUGCAAACCCUGCCUCCAUGUUUACUGUAACACUUUUUUAUAUUUCUGUGGUCUACUGAAUGGAAACAGCAGAUAAAUUGAGGUAUUUUUGUAUAGGUUUUUAUGUUGCAACUCACGUAGUUUACCUCAAAUUCACCAAAGGAAUGGUGGAUACAGUUUGUUUCUUUGGAUAUUAAUUAAAAAAACACAUGAAAAUUGCUAUAUAUUUCCAUGGAAAUGUCAAACUUUUUAUGAUUUACAUCUUGUUGGAGCCUUUAGAGAAGUUUAUUUUGCUUUAAUAACUUGUUUCCUAGAAACAUAGAAACAACAUAUUGACUGUGUAAACUUUUUGCCCGGCUGCCGGCGAAAACCCAAAGUUUGGAAAAUCUACCAACUCCAUUGACGCAUUUUCUUGUAACUGUACUUUAUUGGAAAUAUGUGGUACCAUUUCCCAUUACUUCAGCUGCUUUUUGGGUACUUUUCAAUACAGUUUUAUAACCGGAAGACGACCUACUUUUUCGCAUGUGGGGAUGUUUUCUGGAAGUUUCCACAAUGUACAUGCAAAGAUGGAUAAUAACUGUCGACGGUAUGCGUAAAGUGAUGUCAUAAAGUAAAUGUUGGCUUGAGACCUUCAAAUAUAAAGGAUUGUGACUCACUUUUAAAUAUUAUUUACUGUUUUGGAUGAUUAAAAGACAUUUUUACAGUUAAA